AUGAUGGAUUGGGAGAUGAUGGAAGCGGAGGCGGCAGUGGCGUCGUCAUCGUCAUCGCAGCCUCAAAUAUCCAGUGCCGGCCAAAACGACGCUGCUCGAGAUUUGCUCACAUUGGCUCGCCAGCUCAUCACUCAAGGCAAACCUUCCCAGGCCCUCCAAGCUGUUGUUGCAGCAAUGAGGACUAGAGGUGGAGAUGAAGCUGUUUUUCAGUCCUUGCAUCGUGCUCGGGAGGUGUACAGAAGUAGACUGCAAGAGAAUGCUGCUGUUGAUCAGCUGGCUUCAUUGUUUGCCGAGUGUGCUAUUGCCGAAGCACAACCUGCGGUGAUUGAAGCACCUACCAGUAACAUGACCAGCCCAUCAAUUACCCCGGAACCAGAUGCUCAUGGGACUUCCAUACUGGCAGAAAGUGGCAGGAUGCAAGUAGUGUUGGAUGCAGUUUCUGAUGGAAGCAGCUUCAUUUGUUUGAAGUGUGGAGGCCUUGUUAGUAACCAUCGCAAAGAGGAGCACUAUGCAUACUGGUGUUGUUAA